CACAUACCUAUAUGGCCCAUAUAUGGCAGUGCCUCCCCCCCGGGCAUCGCUUUAAACCGCGAGCAAGGAGAGGCGAAUCGCGUUUACAUAAACAACUAUGAUAUGUAUAGCGGCAUAGCAACAGGCUGCGAGAGCAUCAUAUUAUUUCGGCUCUUGUUGCAGGCUUCUUCUCGGUGGAGACGAUCGACAGCCGGAAAUACGUCGGCGUGCGCGGGGUUACAGCAUAGCAACGUUCCACCUACGCAACCCCCCCUGCCACGUGACACAGGGUAAAGUCUCAAAUUUCUAUCGAGUUGUGUUACUUCCCCAAGGGCAUGAAGAGGAUUGAGCGAGUGUAUUGAGGUGUACUGUGGUUAUUGCAAAGAUAUGGUUUGGCAUCGAUACUUCCUUUAAUUUUGACCCAACAACUUUUGCACUAAACGAUACACAGGUCCUCAAGUUAGACCAAACGACGUCUUUUCAUAGUCACGGCAAGUGUUCUUGUUUGAUAUUGACAUUAAGAGUACACAACAUUUGGAUAUGAAUUCGUCUGAAGAACAAUUCCCUAGCAGUCUACAAGCCGCCGGCUACACUGUGUUGUACUGCAUAACAAUGGCCGCGGCCGUCACUGGAAAUUUCCUCCUGAUUUUCAUCAUAAAGAGGAGGCCUGACACGAGGUCAAUAACUGGAUUUCUGUUUGUCAACAUGGCCGUCGCUGAUCUCCUGGUGACAUCGUUCGUCAUGCCCGUGUCGAUAGAAUGGGUUUAUUCCGGUGGGAAAUGGCUGCCGGGAAUUCUAGGUCACAUCACGUGCACUCUGGUGUACUUCAUCUUUUACGUCACUCUGGCGGCAUCCAUCUUGAGUCUCUCCCUGAUGUCAGUGGACCGGUAUUUGGCGGUGAUUUUUCCUCUCCGUCGUUUUCCAAGAUUUCGCCGCCCAAAAGUCCUCGCCGUCGUAGUUUGGUUAAGCUCAAUGGUGUUUUCUGUUCCUAUCGCUUUUGUAUGGCGGCUUGUGGAGUACAAGCCAUUGGAUAUAUUUACUUGUUCCCCGCAGUUUGAGCGGCUUGGAACAUUCGGUAUGAAGGGAUAUUACGUCUACCUGGUUCUCCUCAUGUACCUGAUUCCACUUUUCGCGAUUUCAUCGCUCUAUGUUCUGGUUGGCCGCGCGCUUUGGCGAAGAAAUGUUCCUGGUGUGGUGUCAACAGAGACCGAAAAACGAAACAAAAAGACAAAACUGAUAGUUGUGCGCAUGCUUGCCAUAAUUACCGCUGCCUUUGCACUUUGCUGGUUCCCAGCGCACUGUUACCAUCUCAUUUUGGCAUUUCGUCCAGAUAUUCAUCUUGCCAGUCCUCCGUAUGUAAUGUUCCUUUGCUUUUGGUCUGGUCACGCUAACAGCGCAGUAAAUCCAUGGCUUUACAUCAUGUUAAAUGACAAGUUCCGGAAAGUUCUUUGGCAUGUGUUCUCUAGAGCUCGGAGUGGAACAAGUCGUACCUCAGCGGAAGGCAAUUUAGUUAGCCGUCUAAUUGCAGACCCUAUCAGAGAAACAAAGGUUUGAACUGACAACCCCAAACAGCGGGUCGACUAAUCAAGCAGAGACGUCUACUUAACCCUUUCGCCACGGGAUAACACUUAUGUGCUUGUCAGUAAUUAAGGCCACUGUCACUUGCUUAGUGGUUGCUCAUGCGAUGUUUGGAGUGUACAGAUCAACAGUUUUCAAAUAGGAUAUCAUACAUUAUCAUAUCUAUUAACCCUCGGACGUACAAGGACUGGGGGAGGGGGGAGAGGCGCGCACGCAUGAGGUUUUUCAAAGUUUCGGUAAGGCGAUUUACAAGUGAGUUUUAAAUGGUUUUUUUGCGCGCAUUUGCGAGCAUGCGAGCAGUGCGUUUACUUUUGCGAGCACGAGCAGUGAUCAAAUUUGCCUUGCGAGAAGCGAGCACUUCAGAAAAUACCUGAUGACGAGCAGCGAGCAUUUCGUAAAUUUAACACACGCAACCGAUAAUUAUUGUAUUAAUAAAGUGUAUUAUCGUUUGUCUCACGAUGUAGUCACUUGAGAUGUAGAU